AUGGCUUUAAAAUUCUCUGGUGCUUAUAAACAAUGCAAGCCAUGUACGGGUUCUUCUAACAGCCCUAUGAAGAAAGGACAUAGACCAUUCCCAGAUUUCGACAAUGCUUCUGAAGGUGUUCCAUAUCCUUACAUGGGUGGAAGUACCGGUUCCACUCCUGCUUGGGACUUCACAAAUCCAGCGGGACGAUCAGAAUCAAAAUUCACUUCAAUCUAUGGAAAUGAUAGGGAAUCUAUCUCUGCUCAGUCUUGUGAUGUGGUACUUGAGGAUGAUGAGCCAAAAGAGUGGAUGGCUCAAGUAGAACCCGGUGUUCAUAUCACAUUCGCUUCGCUUCCUAGUGGAGGAAAUGAUCUCAAACGGAUCCGCUUUAGCCGGGAAAUGUUCGAUAAGUGGCAAGCUCAAAGGUGGUGGGGUGAGAACUAUGACAAAAUCGUCGAGCUUUACAAUGUACAGAAAUUUAAUCGCCAAGCUCUUCAAACGCCUGCGAGAUCCGAGGACCAGUCACAGAGAGAUUCAACUUACUCAAAGAUGGAAUCAGCGAGAGAAAGCAGAGACUGGACUCCAAGACACAACUUCAGACCUCCAGGAGUUAAUGUUCCGCAUCACUUUUAUGGACCACCAAUGGAUGCAGCACGAACCACAACUUCGUCUAGAGAUGAACCACCGUCCAUGAGCAAUGCUAGUGAAAUGCAAGCUGAGUGGAUCGAAGAGGACGAGCCCGGCGUUUACAUUACCAUCAGACAAUUAGUAGAUGGGACUAGAGAGCUACGUCGGGUCAGAUUCAGGAUAUCGGUUUACCCUAUGAAAAAUGAAGCAUUCACAAGAUUUUCAACAUUUUGA